GCUGAGGCAUCAGGAGAAGCUCUGUGCUCCACUUACAGUAACCACGUUUUUUUUCCUCCUCUCACCCUAACACAUCUUCUCGACCCAGCAGAGUUACCCCCGCCGCCAGGAGCUGAAGAGAAGACCUGCUGCCGGAAAGAGGUGUGUGGAAAAGAGAAGAGCAGACGUUUCUGUAAAGGAGGAGCACGUGAAACGGGAGUGUUCAGAGCCGAAGUCACUCACCUCUCCUUCCUUGAAUGGAUCAACCUGGUCGCCGCAAAGCACAUGUUUACACUCAAAGGAAUGCUGAUUUUGACAUGUGAAAUUGACAGAGCUCCCUGGAAAUAUGACAGAAGAAUAAAAGCAAGGCACCCUGAACUUGAAUCAAGUCAGGACACCUCCCGCACUCGCAGGGUGGGGAGUUUUUUUAUCAUUUUCAUGGAAAGAAGAAGGGGUCCUGCCCUCAGUCCUCGCCUGUGAUGAUGAUGAUGGACGUACCCAGCCAGCACUUGCCUGAAGAGGUCAGCUGAAGACGACGCCACGCAGCUAAGUCUGGAUUAGCCGGCCGAACGAGUUUCAAUGCUCCUCCACGUUCUAAGAUGAAGUUAUGGAAAGGUGCUACUUUUGCCUUAGUGCUCUGUGGCGCAGCCCUGUCCAUCAUCCUCGUUAGAAGCAUGGCCACGAUCGGACAGUUCAAGCUCAAGACGAAACAUCCGCACCCGUCAUCGCCCUCGUCGAGACCGUCCUCGUCGCUACUGCCCGCAUCCAGAACGUCGUCCUCGCCGGACUCCAGAGCGCCGUCGCAGCACGUGGGAGCUCCUCACCGGCGGAUCCGCUCAACGGGCGACAACAUGAACUCGCUCCUGUCAGAGUUUUCCAUGAUGUUCCAGAGCUUUACGGAGGGCGAGCUGCAGCACGUGGUCGGAAGUAUGUUAGACAAGAAAAGAAAGAGGAACCAGCCCCUCAGCGGGAGCCAGGCCUCGAGGACUAAACGAGCCCAGAGAUCUAAACCCUGCUCUCUGAGGAAGCUGGUGCUGACCGUGAAGGAACUGGGCCUGGGCUACGACAGCGAGGAGACGGUGCUGCUGCACUACUGCAGCGGCAAAUGCGGCGCCCACCGGCAAAACUAUGACAUCACCAUGGAGCACGUUCAGACAAAUUUGAAGGGUAAAGGUUACAAAGUGGGCAAAGUCAGUAAAGGGCCCUGCUGCCGGCCUACGGCGUUUGAAGAGGGGUUCUCCUUCCUGGACAACAAGAGUCGCUACCACACGAUACAGAAUGUGUCGGCAAAGAACUGUGGUUGUGUAUGACCCAACAGGAGUGGACUUGUCACUUCUUCAUGCUGCUCUCAGCCUCCGGUGGACAAGUCAAACAUGGAGGCUGUUCAACGAUAAACAGUGGAAUAUAAACUCAAGCAGAGAAGGAAACGAAGGGAAUACGUUCAUGGCUGCAACCUUUUGAGACGGGAAUUUGGGCUUCUGCGACCAAAUGGACAGCAGGUGCUGGAUUUGGAUUUCACGAUAAAUUGGAAGGGAAAAUGACUGUUCAUACCUAAAAGUUUAUAUCUUUUCUAUCCGUGUAGUAACACUGUAAACUGUGGUGUAACAUUUUGUCUGUGACAUUUGAGUAGUUGUACAUGUGUUAGACCCAUAAUGACGAGCCAGGGCCGACCAGCUCUUUACUGUUACUGCACUUCAUACCCAUUUUUGUACAAACCUUAUUUUACAGGGUUCAGAUGGUCAAAUUCACCUGACAGAUCGAAGAAAAAUAAGAAGCCAUGAAUAAAAUAUGUCUUUAUUAGCCUAUGUUCACGUUAGAGUCCGUGCAGGACUAGCCUGGCCAGCUAUACCCAUUCACCAUUUGCACUGGAACAGAGCAAACUGAACCAGAAGCAACAGGGCGAGCUUUAUGUGAUGACUCAUUCAGGAACGUCCAUGAGCCAUGAUUCAAAACAACCAAGAUGACAGCAGAAUUUAUUAUAACACCUUGGAUCAAAACUGCAAAACAGUCAUUGACUGGGGUUCCUGCUUCGGUGCACGCCAAUGCGGUUGCCUUUUGUUGAUACUAGUCUGGUUGACGUCUGCCUACAUCACAUGCUUUGUUUCUCUGAUUGGUGGUAUGCCUAUUCAGUGGCUCGCACAGGCCGUUCCUACCGUCUCCUGGAAAUCAAAGCUGGAUCUAGAGGCACUGGACCGAUUCUUUGUAUCCAAGAGGAAAAUAAUUUAGGAUGGCUGGCCAGACUAGAACUGAUAAUAAGGUGCGGACCAUACAUGCGUUAAUGAUACUGAUUGCAGUGUUAUUACACAGGUAAAAGAAUUGUUAUCGAUAAGAAUUGGACAAGGAAAGAUCCCAUUUUCCAUAAGUUGAAUAAUAAUCUUUAAUAAUUGUGUUUUAUAUAUAUUUUUAUUAUAUUGACUCCUUAAAACAUCUCAAACUUCAGCGACAAAUCAAUAUGAAAAUAUCCCCUUGUGCACAGAAAAGCACUGUUUUCUACUUUCCUCAGAUAUGCACAUCAUAUCAUUACCCAUGAUCCUCUGGAAGUAUCUUUCCUCAAAUGAUUGCCAAAACCCACCAAGUCAAAUCAACACAGACGUGACCUCCCGACGUCACGUUCAUAAUCAUCUCAUAUCUCAAGUACCAGGUGAUAUAACCUGUUUAUUUCCUGUCGCUCAAACUCACACUAAUUUUAGCUGUUUUGCAAAACUCAAGUUCCAGUGAGAGGCAAUGUUUUUCUUCCCUUCACAGUGACAGAAAGCUGAAGUAAACAUUUGGAUCUGAGACUGUGUUUGCACCCAUCUGUAAAACCUUCCCUGUAACCCACAGUGCAGCCUUCAACUGGCCCUGAACAUGCCUCCAUGUUGUAUUGCCUGGUAGACUCUUAGGAGAAAAAUAAGCUGUUGACAUGAAUUAUGAAGCAUUUUUAAUUUUUUUUUUUCCUCCCUCAGUGAUCUUUGUUUGGUUUUGAACUCACUGUAACUGCCUGAAGUAAAGCAAAUGAUGUUAUGUGUAAAGCGAGGGGUGCGGAUGCAGUGCAUCUAUGUUGUAGUUUAUGUUGUAUUUAUUUGGAAAAUAAAUUAUGGAUUUGCAUAUUUAUUAAGAUUACUACACAAAAAUGGGACAGCUUAUUAUCAUCAAGCAACUGUGCCAAAAAUGUUUUAUCUAACACUAUAUUGACUGCUGAAUAAACAUAAUU